GGUGCUCUGACAUUUGGGUUUCGGAACUUCCGAGGAAACAAAGAAAACCAGCUAAAACCCUAACCCCUCUGUCAGAAGAGAAAUGCUAUUUUCAGAAACCCAAAUUGACCAAUAAAAAUCCUAAUUAAUCCCUGUGUUGGUCACUCUCUCGUGUUUGGAGUCGAACCCCUAAAAUGUCCCUCCCGAUAUCAGCGAGAAAACAAGGGGAAAACCAGCCCGACGAUGCUGCUUCGGCCGCAAAGCCACCUCGCAUCAAAAUUGGGAAGUCUGCCGAAGAUAGCGACAAAAAGGGUGCAAACAGGAGGGUUAAGGAUGUUGAAAUUUGCGUUCCAAUAGUGUAUGGAACAACUGCAUUUUAUCUUGGUAGGAAGGCCAGUGAGUCUCAGUCGCAUAAGUGGACAGUCUAUGUACGUGGGGCAACAAAUGAGGAUCUUGGUGUGGUGAUAAAGCGAGUGAUAUUUCAAUUGCAUCCUAGUUUCAAUAACCCUACGAGAGUGGUUGAAUCACCCCCAUUCGAGUUAUCAGAAUGUGGAUGGGGUGAAUUUGAAAUUGCCAUCAGCCUUUUUUUCCAUAGCGAUGUCUGUGAUAAACAUUUGGAUUUGUAUCACCAUUUGAAGUUAUAUCCUGAAGAUGAAUCUGGCCCCCAGACAACUAAGAAACCUGUUGUGGUUGAAUCAUACAAUGAAAUUGUAUACCCUGAUCCAUCCGAGAAUUUUUUGGCUCGUGUGCAGAAUCAUCCAGCUGUCAUUGUGCCUCGGCUGCCUGCUGGUUUUAACUUGCCCGAUCCUGCAGUGUCAAUUGAGACUAAUUAUGAAAAGGAGAAAGGUGAUACCAAAGAUCAUCCAUUUAGUCAAUGGUUCAUGAAUUUCUCAGAGGCCGACGAGCUUUUGAAACUUGCAGCAGCUCGUCAGCAGGUACAAGCUCAUAUUGUUAAGCUGAGAAGACAAUUGAGUGUGAUGGAUGGGCUGCCUCAGCUGUCAAAACCACCUGCUGGUUAUGAAUUUUCAUGAUCAUGGGCUGCCUCAGAGUGAUGGAUAGUGCAUGUUUACCUGCGUAUAUAGUAGAAGAUGAUACAUAAUUAUGUAAUGUGGAUUAGCUCACUUUAGGGACCCCUGUUUCUUUUUAAUCUCUAUUUCUGUAAUAGCCAAGUGACUGAUGUUUAGUAUAUUCAAAAUGGAUGGUUGUGUAGCAUUGCAAAACGAGAGUAGUGUAUAUAUGUGCUUGUAUGGGUUGGUCUAUCAAGGUAUAUCUGUCAGGAUAUAUUCGUCUGUCUAUAUAUGGAUAAGUCACUUGAUAUAUUCGUCUUAAAUGCCUUGGGAGCUGGUAUUAUUAUGAAGCUGAAGCCAAGACAUUCAAGAUAUGCUUUCAAUUUUAGAUUGCAUGCAGAAGGGCCAUUUUCUUGACAAAGUUGGAACUAGCAGAAAAAAAAUGUGGUGCAAAAGUGUGGGUUUUCCAAGGAGUUAGAAAAGAUGGAAUGUCCUUGAUUCCAUUUGCUUGCUAUUGUCUCCAAUAUUUUCUUAUUAGCAUUUUUAUUUUUGAAUUAUAAUCUUCAUUCUAGCGCCCCCCCCCAAAAAAAAAAAAUCUGAAAAUAUAUAUUUUAAGCCCGAGGCCUAGGGGCAGAGCCGGAGGGAGGGCUAUGGCCACCAAACAUUAGGGCACACUAAAUGAUGGCUAUAUACUGCUUGUUAUAUUCUCGCAUGUUUGCUUAUGCUGCUGUUUUAUAUUCUCUUAUCCCUAAAAUUUUACUUUAGACCUAAUAAUGAGAACCCCUUUGGUGGAAAACUUGCUUUUGAAGGUUUGGAGUUCUAUUUUAUAAAUUUUUAUCUUUGGGAUCAAGAGAGCUCCCAGCUGGGUAUGCCUCCUAGCUAUAAUGGUGGGUUUUAACACACUCUUCCUUCCAAUUUAUAUGCCCUAUUAUAUUAGAAGGUACAAGUUUUUUACUAACUUCUAGCUAUCUCAUUUCAAGUCUUUUAUAUGAAAUGAGAAUGAUUGUGCAACAGUCCUUAUCUGAUCAGGUACUACAAAAAUCACUGAAUUUGGGAGGACUGAAAUUUCUUGGUGUAAUUUAUUUCUCAUUGAUAGUUUAAUUCACAUUUAAAAUAGGCUAAAGCGUCCUCUCUCAGUUAAUGAUUGUGAUGUUCAUUCAUACUGGGCAUAUGAGAUGGAAACUCAGGAGCUUGGUGUGUCUUGAAGUACUUACAAGGAACAGUUUCCUCUUAUGAGAAGAGUUUCCAGGUAAUUUUCCCUGCGUGUGAAUCAUGUAAUGUGGAAUGUUGACAUGGCAAUCAUUCUGUGUUGAUUUACUAGAUAUUCACUAUAUGUUUCUACCUUAGUAUUAAAAUGCUUAAGGUUGCGCAUGUGAUCUUGAUGUCUUCUACUGCAGUGCAGCAUAAAAUGCGCAUGUGAUCUUGAUGUCUUCUACUGCUGUGCAGCAUAAAAUCACACUGCAUGAUGGGAAGUUGUAGAGUACAUGAUUAUGUGAAUAGCUACAAAUGCUUUCAGGCUUUUGGGGACAAGAGUCACAUGGCGGCCACAUGUUCAUCUUUUGACUGAGGGUCACCAUCUUUAAGCAAGUGCCUUCUGUUGAUCAGCUAUUAUGAAGCGUCUCAGUGACAAUGAUGUGUUAUCUUCUGAAUUCUAUCCUUCAUAUGCUACCCCUUUCGUUCAGAGAAUGUGGACAUUCCUUUUGCUUCUUGAAUCCAGAUUGAGUUGGGUAAGGAAUAGUACUACUCAAACCCAUAUUGCUUUAGUUAUAGUCACUAAAUUUUUUAUCAAGUUUGUAGUGGCAUUCCAGCGUUCAUCCCAAAAGGAAUUUCUACAAUGAUGGGUGUGGUGUAUGCAUGCAAAAAUGCGAAUUUGUUGGAAUGCGACGAAUAAAUGCAAAAGGAAAGUAGGAAAGACAGAUAGGCUGCCGACUGUAUGGUUAUGGAAGAAGGCUUUUUUGGCCUCAGAACAUGGGAAACGAAUUUCAUGUUAUCAGAGUGAGGCUGGACGUAGUUGUACUGUUCCAUUUUAGGAUGAAUAUGCCUGUUUUCAUCUUUCCUAUAUCUUCAUUGAGCCAGCGAGUUGUAAAAGAGUUGUAGGUCUAGUACUAUUCAUCUUGAUUGUUGUGGUUUUAGGUUUUGGCGGGGCCACAUGUGUGGUCCUCCAACGUUGAUACAUUUUCCAGGAGUGGCUGCUGCAUGUGAGAGCAUUUCUAGAGAUAUAAAUCAGGCUUCCUACA